AUGUGUGAUUUUACUUGGUUUCCUCCCCUCAAUUACUCCUCAGCUAAAGUCAAGUCCAAGUGUGCACCUACGUUCUUUGCCUGUGCCAAUGGGAUCCACUGCAUCAUUGGACGUUUCCAGUGUAAUGGCUUUAGUGACUGCCCUGACGGGAGUGAUGAAGACAACUGCACAGGUAACCCCUUGGUGUGCUCUGAGGCCCGCUUCAGGUGUCGAAACGGCCGCUGUGUCGACCGCAGCUUUUUAUGUAACGGUCAGGACAACUGCCAGGAUAACAGUGACGAAGAGCUGUGCCUGAGUACAGUAGAAGCUCCCGGGCAGGACUUUGUGACGUUGGACUACCGUCUGCGGUACUACCCCAGCAUCACCUACGCGGUCAUCGGGAGUGCCAUCAUCUUCGUGUUGGUUGUAGCGUUGCUGGCCUUGGUGCUUCAUCAUCAGAGGAAGAGGAGUGUUCUGCUUCCCACUGGUGUAAGGGGAGCCUCCCACCACCAACAACCGUUGCUGCUGUCCCGCUUGGUCAUCUUGGAUCACGGCCACAUGCAUCCCGGUGAUCCGGGUCUCUCUCCUGGCUCCCCUGCUGCAGUCGACCAAUUUAGCUCAUCUCCUCAGAUGCUGCGAAUCCUGUCUGAUGAUACUCUUUGUCCGACUGCACAGCCAGUGGAGACGCCUCCAUCAUACUCUCAGGCCGUCAUGGAUGUCAGUCGGCCUCCCUGGUUUGACCUCCCACCUCCUCCUUACCUCCCAGAUGGGGAAGAAGCUUCCGAGGGCGACUUGCCCCAUUAUGAGAGCCCUUCUCCAUCUCUCGCCGUCAGAACUACGUCCUCAAACAGUCAGUUCAGUUCAAAUUUUACUUGACAGUUGGCAGAUCAACUUGAGCUACUCUCCAAGUGACUCCCUGUUAGCUACUGCAGGUCUUCACAAAGGCGCACAUUCCAGAGCGCAGACCUGCUGAGAGCACAACGACAGGAGACUGAACAACGCUGAGAAGUCACCUCAUCUUGAAACUUAGUCUUGUGUCUUGGCUCCCCCUAGUGGACACGUAUGCAGAGCCACAUCCCCGUCAGAAUGAGUCGUUAUUUCAUUUCAUUUGAAUUGAUUCCACAUGAAGAGGUGCUCGCUAUUUUCUUAACCAGUUACCACUCCCUUAGAGAAUUAUCUCAAGUGAGUUAGUAAGACUGUGUUAAGAGUGCCAAUAAGAU